AUGGCUUCGUCCAGCGGCAGUGUGCCUCCUGGGUUCCGGUUCCACCCGACGGACGAGGAGCUCCUUCAGUACUACCUGAAGAAGAAGGUGUCGUUCCAGAAGUUCGACAUGGAGGUGAUUAGGGAGGUUGACCUAAACAAGAUGGAGCCUUGGGAGCUUCAAGAACGAUGCAGGAUCGGAUCGACGCCCCAGAAUGAGUGGUACUUCUUCAGCCACAAGGACAGGAAGUAUCCAACCGGCUCGAGGACGAACAGAGCGACGAAUGCAGGGUUCUGGAAGGCGACGGGGAGGGACAAGUGCAUAAGGAACACACACAAGAAGAUAGGGAUGAGGAAGACCCUCGUCUUCUACAGGGGACGGGCUCCCCACGGCCAGAAGACCGACUGGAUCAUGCACGAGUACCGGCUCGAGGACGGCGAUGACCCCCAAGGAAACUCUAAUGAAGACGGGUGGGUGGUGUGCAGGGUGUUCAAGAAGAAGAACCUCUUCAAGAUCGCUGGCAAUGACAGAGGAGGUCAAACCAGCGCCGGCUCCGACCAAAAUCACCACCACCAGCAACUCAGCAUCAACAGUACGUCCAACGCAACCGCCCAUCAACCUCGCUCCUUCAUGCACCGAGACCACAGCCUCUACCUCCACUCCAACCACCUUGGCCCAUCGACGGCCUUCGAGCUCAACAAGCCCGAGCUUGGCCUCCACUACUCCUCCUCCCACCACCUCCCUCAGUACUCCCUCUUCCCUUCCUCGCAAGCCCUGAUGCCGACCCCGAAGCCCAUCGGGUACCACGACUACACGGCCCUUCAGUCAACAGAUGCAGUGGCGCCGCCCGUGAUGCUGAAGCAGCUCAUGUCGAGCAACACGAGGGAUCAGUGCGAGAGCGGGAGCGACAGCUUCAGGUACCAGAACUGUGACCAGGGCCUUGAAGUAGGGACGUGCGAAGCGACGCAGGAACAGAUGGUCGGAGCGAGAGACGAAGCGGGCAUGAGCGAUUGGGGCAUGCUCAGCGUCACUAGCGGUGCUCAUAGUCAGCUUGGGAACCAUAACGAAGACGAUUCCGGUUCGAAGGGUGUGAGGUUUGAGGACGGGACGGCCACGACUUCUCUGCACCCGAUCAACCAUCUGUCCUUGAGGGGCGAGAUGGACUUUUGGGGUUACGGCAAGUGA